AUGCACAAUGGUGUAAGAGAAACACUUUGCGAAAUUCGUUCAGAACAUUGGAUUGCGAAGGGAAGACAAUUUGUCAAGAAGAUUAUUGCAAAAUGUACUACGUGCAAGAGAUACGAAGGAGGAACUUAUCAAAUACCACCUCAACCAUCAUUACCAGAUUUUCGAGUUUCUGACGAUUUUGCCUUCACGCGAAUCGGUGUGAACUUCGCGGGUCCCGUUUAUGCCAAACCAAUCUUCUCAAAAGGUACGAAAUCACCUGUUUUUAAGACGUAUAUCUGUCUAUUUACGUGUGCCUCGUCACGAGCAUUACAUCUCGAAUUGGUUCCAGAUCUAUCUACAAAGGCAUUUAUUCUCUGUUGACAGUGAUUCAUGUCCAGAAGAGGUAUCCCAAAAAUGUUUAUUUCGGACAAUGGAAAAACCUUUAAGGCAAACAAGCUAGCAGAAUUCGCAACCAGAAAUAACAUCAGCUGGAAAUUCAACAUUGAGAGAGCCCCUUGGUGGGGAGGAUUUUUUGAAAGACUUGUGAAAUCGGUGAAAAGGUGCCUGAGAAAAAUUGUUCGAAGAGCUAGAUUGACGUACGAGGAAUUGGAGACAGUCUUAGUGGAGAUAGAGGGCGUUAUCAACAGUCGUCCACUGACGUAUGUGUAUAGUGACGAAGUUUGUGAAGGUCCGUUAACACCUUCGCAUUUAGUUAUGGGUCGUCGCCUUCUCAGUCAAGCACCUGUCGUGAGAGAUGAGACUGAUACUCCUGCGGGUAAUGGAAGUCUGUCGCGUCGCGCAACUUAUUUGAAGAAAUUAUUAGAACAUUUCUGGAAAAGAUAGAGUCGCGAGUAUUUGUUAGAGCUUAGAGAACAUCAUCGUGUCAAAGGAGUUGGAAGAAGUGCGAAAGCGAAUUCCAAGGAAGGAGAUAAAGUUUGCGUGUACGUAGAGAAAACUCCAAGGAAUCUAUGGAGAUUGGGAAAGGUCGUAAAACUUUUCAAAGGAAACGAUGGUCAGGUUAGAGCAGUUGCACUCCGAAUAUGGAACAAAGGAAAAGAAACAAUAACGUUGCAGCGACCUGUUCGAAAAGUAUAUCCAGUCGAGGGAUCUCGCAUUGACGAAACUACAAGUGUUCCAGUAAGAAGGUCAGAACGUGUUGCAGCUAUCGAAGCCAGGAAGCAGCAGAGCAAACAUGGACGAUAAGUACUUGUUUGUUAUCGCAGAUACAUUAUACUGCGAUCAUUGUUGACAUUAUUAACUGACGUGCGUCAUUUAAUCGGGGGGGAGUGUAUAUGAAAUUAGACGUUAUAGUUACCCGGGCAUUUAGCUCCAGGGGUCUUUUGCACGGGGUUUUUUAUAGCGAGCACAUGGAAAUUUAGUUGUUGUUCUGUUUUUGUACAAUUAUAGUUUUUAUUUUAAUCUUUCGUACAUCUUAUGACGUCACACGGCUUCAAAAUGGCGGCGGGAAAGUUUGCACGCGAUAACCAACUUCAGAGGCCAAAUUUGACAACUUCUAGGCAUCGCAUGAUCGUCAAAUAUAUAUGAAAAUACUACCAAAGGACCGAAAUGUUAUUUCAGCUGAUAAACUAGGUCCAAAAAUUCGUUGCAGUAGCACUGUUUAAACUUUUAUUUGAAUAUUUGAACUUUAGAUGUGACAUAAUAAUAACUCACCCGUAAUCACGUCAGCACUAAUGAGGAGGGGGGGGGGGGCGUGCUUUUUGCGUAGAAUGUCGUGGAUGAAAUAAAUUGGCGCACGCGCUUAUAUUAUUACCGUCGUUCAACAAACAAUUGAGCCACGAUUGUAGAACAACAGUUCCAAAGUUUCACAUUUGAUUUUGAUAAUCAUUUUAAUAAACUCUGGAUUUAUGUUAUCUGCAAUUACAGAAUUGUCUUGCGGGACAAUAUUCUCCUGCCUUUCGUGAGUAAAAUCUGACAGUUUUUGAAUGAAUUUUAUCCAACUAUAUACGCUUGUUGGAGUUAAUGUUCCAACAACAUGUUGAAAAAUUGCUUCUAUCUUCUAUACGUUACAAUAUAGCCCCAUUUUUUGCGUUUUAUUGAUCAAAACUGUACAACGUCGAAUACACAAUUGACACGGAGGUUAGCGUAUUGAAUAAGCAGUUUAAUUGUAGAAUGUGAGAGUAACUCGUUUUUAACUUGCAGUAAUCAAAAUGGCGGAACUGCUCUUCAUGAAGCGGCGCAUUCUGGAUCGCUACCCACAGUUAAACUUCUCGUUAAGCAUCUGCCAAGUCUUUUAAAUGUCAAGAAUCGAAAAGGAGAGACCCCUGCAAGAAUUGCAGCAAUCCAAAACCAACACAGUGUACUGAAAUACCUUUAUGAAGUAGGAGUAAAACCUGAGGAUGAAUUAAUUGACGAGGUUUUAAUGAAAGAUAUUUUUGAUCCCCCUAAUCACGCUGAUGUUGACACAUUUAUAAUCGUGGCUGAUGAAAUUCUGAAAUCCUCUGGAAGAGAAGGGCUGACAAAGGUAGAAUUCAGCAAUAUAUACUGUUUAUGUUUAUUGAGUUUCUCACAAGCUUGCGAGCGGAUCUUCCAGUAGGCUAUUGCCCAUUGAUAGGCGUCCGUGGUACCUAUGAUCUUAACAUUACUUAUAGUGUUUGUAAAACCACAGUAAAUGACUCAAUAAUUCAUUUUGUACUCCUAGUUAUAUUAAUAGUUUUGUGUUUACAAUUGAUUGAACAAUUCACAAAAACAUGUGCGUGCACAAUAAAUUGCUUAAAACAAGAAAGUUGUCCUGCACUCAAAUUUGUUGGAAUGAUGCAGAUACUUUUAUUGGCAAGAUAUAUUAUACAGGUGUAUAAAAAAACUGAACACUGGGUGAAAAACGUGUUGUGUGUUUAGUUGCUGCACGAAAAUUUCUGACAAUUUGCUUCAGUUUAAGUCUUUUAACUAUUCACACAAAGUUACAUUUUUUUCCUAAAAAAUCAGCCUUUUGCAUGCUUAAUUAAUGCGUUUGCCUAAUAUGCAAAUUAGGUAAUGGCAUUAAUUAAGAUGCGAAAGGCUGUUUUUUUUAGGAAAAAAUAAAUAAUUAAAGGUUAAACUAAGCAAAUUGUCUGAAUUUUUGAACCGUAAUUAAAAACCCAACAAAUUUUUCAUCAUUAAUUCAAAAUACGAUUAAAUCAUUUAAAUUUCGUUCCCAAGCCAUUUUUUAAUUUCUUGGAAAAACACACACCCCUGGUUUACAUAAUUUGAGUUUGAGAAUUUUUUUUCAUUCUACAUUAUAAGUACCCAAACUAUAUACAUCAAAAACUGGAUACUAAUAGUUGUCUUGCGAAAUUGAGAGCAAUUUCAAAUCUGUUCGGGGUUUUUUUAUACACCCUGUAGUAAUUGCAUAGAUAAACAAAAUUAUGGUUUGAAAACGGAUGGAAUUGGUGGAAUAAUUCUGUCCAGCACGUUUGUAUGUGCAUUAUAUUUUCAUAUAUUGUAAUGGAAAUUUUAUUUCUUCCAAUGUUUUAAAUGUUCUGUAUCCGUUUGUGAUUAAGUAGAGUUGUUAUGUGUGAAAUGGUUAAUUAAAAUCACCAAAACAAAUUAAUAUAACCAUUAAAAUGCUGAAGAUGGCACUUUACCAACUCUAGAAUUUAAACAUAUUUCCUGGGGAGCAUAUCCCGGACCCCCCUAAAAGAUAAUUGUAUUAUGUUAUGCAUGGAUAUUGUGGGAGUCUAAAUAUAUUUUCAUAUAGAAAAGAAACAUUAUUCGAACUAGCGAAAGGUCAAAUUGCUUCGCCCCUCCUGGGACUUUUUCGGUCGCCCUUGACCAGAAUCCCUGGCUACAUCACUGAUGCAUGAUCAACAGUUUCAUAAGAUAAUCAUUUUUUCCUUAGGCAAUCCAAAUUCACACAAAAUGGUUGCGGGUAGAGAGGGCAGCUGUGCAUAUUUUGAAUCAAUAUAUCUACAAAGAUAAUGACCUUUACAUCUAUGAUUUCUCUCCGUUGAAAG